GAAAAUUACAUCUUCUACACUCCUUUAAAUGUCUCCUUUGUGGUUUAAACAAUUGAUUUUCCACCCAAACUUACACAUUUGUGCAAAAAUAACUUUUUGACACAUCAAUACCUAAAACCAGAAGAGAAGAAGGCACCCCAAGGACUUGAAGAAGGGAGAAAGGAAAACAUGAAUGGAAAGGCAUCGGUCUCCAAAGACCUUAACGAGAAACAUAUCAAGGUAUUAGAAGGCCUUGUCAAACUACCACAUAAUAAACAAUGUGCUGAUUGUCAUAACAAGAAUUCAUCGGAGUCUUGGGGUUCAUAUUUCACAGAACAGGUGAGAUCAAUAACGUUGGACACAUGGUUGCCGGAGCAUGUUGCUCUUAUGCAAUAUGUAGGAAAUGAGAGAGCCAACAAGUAUUGGGAAGCAGAAUUACCACGGUACUAUGACAAAAGUGGGAUUGAGAAAUUUAUCCAUGACAAGUACGUGCAGAGGAAGUGGGCUUCAAAGAAACUGCCCCAACCAACUACUCAAGCCUUGGGUCGAACCUUAGCAGAUGACUUGACCCUGAAACCGGCCGAGAAGAGGGGAGAAACUACUCCAAGUAAAAACUCUGUGCCAAAGCUACCAAGGAGACAUUCUCUUGACGCAGUCACUUUCACCAAGUACACGGUUGAGACUGACCACGCCCCUGCAGUAAAACCUCGUGCGGCGUCGAUGGAUAUGAAGAGUGACGUGAUCCCGAAAGUGCAGCGUGACACAACGGUAAACAUGAGUAACAAUAAUGCAAGUAGUAUACUCAACAUACUUCGUCAUGAUCAAGACAAGGACAAACAGAACUGCAGUCGGAUCACAACAACUACUACUACUAUUCCUUCUAAUUGGGCGACGUUUGAUUGA